AUAGAUACACAGAUACACUGUAUUGUAAAAAGCGGCUGCGGCUGGGCGUUGAAACCAAAACAGACAGUGAUAACCCUCGCCGAAAUGAAUCCCAACUUCGACGAAAUCGGCAAAGAAUUCGUCAAGCAGUACUACUCUGCUUUCGACAACAUUGCCACCAGGCCGAAUGUAGUCAGCUUUUACAACGCUGAGACGUCGCUGAUGACAUUCGAGGGCAAGCAACUGCAAGGUGCGCAGGCCAUCAUGGAGAAGUUUUCCAGCUUGGGUUUCAAGACCAUCACUAGGAUCAUAACUGCUGUGGACCCCCAGCCCAUGUUCGAUGGAGGCAUCGUGAUCAGUGUCAUUGGAAGGCUGCAAUGCGACGAUGAUCCACCGCAUGCCUUUUCUCAAGUGUUCGUGCUCAAGCCCUUGAACACCUCAUUCGUGCUACAGCAUGACAUUUUUCGUCUCGGAAUCCACGACACGGCCUAGCUGAGCUGAGCUGGAUUCCCUAUGGCUGGUUCAAUUGAUCGAUUGAUUGCCUUAAACAAGGACUGACGAGAGCCCUUUCAAUUCCAUUAUUUUCUCUUUAUAAUGUACUAGUUCCAAGAAUGUUCACCAGUGGCCGAGUGUGUAAUUAAAUCAACCUGACAACGGCCGGCUACACAGACAUAAUUAUGUCGGUUUGCACUAAACAGGAAUAAAUCUGCUGAAACGCUAUAACAUAACAAUAAACGGAUAUGAAUGUCUUGUUUUUUGAAGCUUGUUGGUCAAUGCAUAAAUCGAAUGUGAAUGUAUCUACUAAAAUAAUGAUAAAUGUAAUGCAAAACUUGGCAGUUGGUAUGGUUACCCUGGAGCCAUGCUCUCCUGGUGUAUAUCAAAUCAAAUAAACCAUUUUUACCAUGUAA